AUGCGCACGGAUCAUGGUUGCGAUAUAUCCUACUCUCUAGCGUGGGAAGCACGUGAGUAUGCUAUCAACAUAGUCAGAGGUAUACCUGAGAAGAGUUAUGGUAAAAUACCCAAAUACUUGCACAUGCUAAAAGAAGCUAAUCCUGGUACGCAUACUUCUUACAAAACGGAUCUAGAUGGAAGUUUCAGAUAUCUGUUUAUCUCUUUUGGUCAGUCUGUUAGAGGUUUCUACAAAGCCAUGCGUAAGGUCAUUGUUCUUGAUGGCACAUUUUUGAAGAAUAAGUACAAAGGAACACUACUAGUUGCUACGGCUUUAGAUGGUAACUCGAAUUUGUAUCCACUUGCGUUUGGGGUUGUUGAUUCUGAAAAUGAUCUUUCAUGGGAGUGGUUUUUGAGGCAACUGCAGGUUGUUAUUUCAGAUGAUAACGAUUUGGCUUUUGUGUCAGAUAAACAUUUCUCCAUUGAAAAAGGGCUUGCAAAAGUUUACCAACGAGCUAGCCAUGAAGUUUGCAUUCACCAUUUGAUGAACAACGUCAUGAGGACUUUUCAUGGUAAAUGUGUUGUUGGCUUAGUCGCAAAGGCUUCUAAAGCGUACAGACUCGUUGAAUUCCAGAGAUUGAUGAUGAGUAUUUGCCAAAACAGUCCAGCUGUUGGAAAGUAUUUGUUGGAUGUUUAUGCGAGAAAAUGGGCUCGUUGCCUGUUUGUUGGUUUCAGGUACGACAUUUUGACCAACAACCCCGCUGAGUCGCUAAAUUCGGCACUAAGAUCGCCAAGAGAGUUUCCGGUAAUUCCACUUCUGGACAGCAUCAGAGAGAUGUUAACCCGAUGGUUUUAUAAGCGUCGAACAUUAGCUAUGAAGCAUAAGCAUCCUUUGACGGAGGCCGUGGAGAAGAAGAUUGCUAGAAGGAUUGAAAAGGGUAAAACAUUUAAGGUUUAUCCAGUUGACGAGAACAAGUUUAUUGUUCGUGGGGACAUAUUUGAAUGUCUUGUUGAUCUGGUCAGACGCUCAUGUACGUGUGCCAAGUACGACCUGCAGAAAAUCCCUUGCAGACACGCCAUUAAAGCAUGUUUUCAUAUAGGCAAGGAGCCACAUUUAUUCGCUGAUGAUACAGCCAAGACUGAAUUCUGGAGAACGUGGUACGAGGAAACAAUUAAUCCGAUAUCACGUCCUGAGGAUGAAUGGCGAGUUCCAUUAGAUGUUGCACAGGACAUAGUUACCUGUCCUGAAUCCCGGAGAGCUGCUGGUAUGAGAAGGAAACGAAGAUACCAAACCGUUGAAGACAAGUUACAAUCAUCAAAAAUUAAGAAGAAACACAAGUGCAGUAGAUGUUUAAUCGGAGGUCACAACAAAGCCACUUGUGAUAUGACCAUAUAG